UACAGGAACCAGUGUCCAAACGACUUUUUCUCUGACAUCUAGAUUCAAGAAAUCUUAAGAUCUCUUCCUAUCAAACACCGAAGUGGUAAAAUCCGAACGGGUUUACCAAUGUAGCUAUAAAAGAAAUAUGGGCUUCACGUCGAUCUAUCAGGAUUCUCGCAACAGCUCGUUAUCCCCCUAAAGCAUACCUCACCUCGCCUGCAUGUCGUCGAUACCCUCAUUUCGCAUGAAGACAGGCGGAGGGAGGAAGACUGUAACGUUUGAUACAUAUCCUUCCGCCAGCCCUCCGCCCAGAGGUGUAAAACGUUCUAUCGAGGAGGUCGAUACGUGUCUCGAUGACUCUGAGGUCGUUGAGGGACGCAGGCAUCCUAUGUGGACGGCUACUGACAGGCUCGCCUCAGCUAGUAUAACAUGCGAUGUAAACACAUUCGCUCCGGCCUCAUUGUGGGCUUCGCCUUGGGCAUCCCAUUCAGUUUAUGAUGAAUUGACGGAAAAUGCGAUGGCUGCGAAUGUCCCAGUCGAAGUAGCUAUGGGACGCAGAUUUGACAUUGCUUCGAGCCAGACGACGACCUCUGGUCUCUAUGUGGAGAUCACCCGUAUCAUUUCCCGGUUGAUAGAAGGGAACAUCACACGAAAUGAUUUGAUUGGAGGCCUUCAACGAGUGGCGAGCCAGUUGAAGCAUUGGGAUUGAACGCCUAGUUGCGCCAUUCGAGCCUUCUGAAGCGAGGAGGAUAAUACAAAAGACACCUGGUGUUACUAGAGGCUUCCAUUCGUGUUGUCCAGUGAUUUUUUUCCUAUUAUUGUUCAAUAGCAGUGAAAAUGCAGAAGCUAAUGAAGAUGACAGAUAAAUAUUAAACUGUCUAGAGAGAAAAAAAAACACUUGAACCAAAUCAUUGAUCAUCAUCAUCAUGGGCAUUAGACUGACAAGAUAGGAUAAAAUAGGGAGUACAGCGCAAUGUGAUUGAAUAGAGCCAAGGGCUCCCAUCAAACAGCCACAAUAAUGGUGACAGUACGUCUACGUAACAUCAGAACACACUAGGCACCUAAGGACAGAUACGCCGGCAUAGUUAGAGCCACUGCAAAUGACCAAGUAAAAAA